AUGUCAGAUUUGAUGAAGGGAAGAGCAAGCUCAUCCUCAGAGUUUGUCCAAGACAAGAAAUAUGAGGUGUACUUGGGAAAGAAGGAGAAAAAGAACAUGGUGUGCCCAACCUCUCAACUUGUCCAAGAAGAGACAGACACGGGCCAAAAAAAUGAGAAACUGAACUUGGGAAAGAUAGAGAAAAAUAAUGGUGAGAACAGCUUGGCGGAUCUCAUCAGCGGGAUGCCAGAUGAAAUUCUCGUUAGCAUAUUGUCGCUCUUGCCGCUGAAGGAAGCAGCAGCUACUAGUGCCCUUUCAAGGCGAUGGCAGUGUGUGUGGAUGUCUACUAUGACUCUGAACUUUGAUGUUAACUUUCAUCUUCAUAGAAAUAGGCUCCGCUUCCGUCACAGCGGGACAAAGUUGCAACACCUGGAAAGCUGUAGAUAUGUCAAUUGGGUGGAUCAUGUUGUGGAACAGCACAGAGGCCCAAUCAAACAAUUCAGGGCUUGCUUUGGACUUGAUGGUCAGUUUACAAGUUCCAUUGAUAAAUGGAUUCAAUUUGCAAUGAAAAAGGGUGUUGAAAUACUUGAGCUGGAUUUCUUUUUAAAUCGAGGUGUUGCUGCCGAAAAUUUGUAUAUGUUUCCCGGCAAACCGUUAGGUCUCGGGAAAGAGCACUUGUAUCCUUACACUCCAAACCUACACUCUUGUGGAUACGACAUUGGAUUUAAGUUUCUCAAAGUUCUUCAUUUCAGAAGUGUUGAUGUGACUGAUGACGUUCUUGAAUACUUAUUGUCAAACUGUCCAGGUCUUGAAAGAUUAGCAGUGCAUCGUACCAAGAGUUUGGUUAAUGUAAGAGUUGGUGGUUCAUCGGUUGCAUUGAAGUAUUUAGUGGGAGAGCAUUGCUUGCACCUUAAAAGCAUUGAGAUUUGUGACGCAAACCUGGUUUCAUUUAUUUAUAAAGGGCAGGAGAUAAACCUGGUUCUCAGUAAUGUACCUUUUCUUGUUGAGGUAUCCAUUUCUGCCGACCCUACAUCUAUAGAUCUUCCCUUUACCCAACUUUCAUGCUGUCUUCCUCAGCUGGAGACUCUCAUGCUGGAUAUUUGUGAAGUGUACUACAAUCAGAAACGUGCAUUUCCUAUUUCUGAAAAUCUCAAGCAUUUGGAAUUAAUAGUUGAAGCAGAUCAUCGUUGGGCUCUUCAUCAUUUAACCUAUUUCUUGAAGGCAUUUCCUUGCUUGCAGAGACUUGCGGUGAAGUUGGAUUACAGUGACCCCAAAGGAGGCGUGGGAAAAGUAAAGAAAGCUUCUGCAUGCCCCCAUCAUUGCCUCAAGGUUGUGGAAAUAAUAGGGUAUCGUGGUCGUGAAUCUGCUGUUAAACAUGUCCUGUACUUAAUAAAGAGUCUUGUUGCCCCGGAGAAAAUUAUUAUUGAUCCAGUCCAGCUCUUUGAGUACCCUGUUGAAAGGUAUCCUAGUGGAAUUGACAGAGGAGUUGAAGUAGUCGAUGAGGAAGAGGAGAUUAUGCUGGUAAUACUAGGCUUUGAGUUUGAUGUACUGAAGUUGAAUGGUACGAUUUGA